AUGGCCACCCUGGCCUCGUCCCCUCCGACCUCGCCCUCGUUCUCGAAACACCCUCGCUCUUGGGCUCUUCGCUGUGAACGAUACUGCUGUGCUGCUGCGAGCUGCUUCCCGCUUGUAUUUGUUUACGGGCUUACUACAUGGGCUGUCUAUGUAGAGACCAGUGUUGGAUUCAAAAAUUCAAGAAGUCAUUGGAUUGGUCUCCCCAGCACAAUCCUUGGAGUUUUACUAUACGUUGCUUUGAAUGCUUCUUAUACCAUAGCCGUCUUCACUGAUCCAGGGUCACCCUUAUCCACACGUCAUGGAAGUGACCGUCACAACUAUAGUGCGCUCCCCGUCAGCGAAUACCCAGAAUUUACAUCAUACACGGUUAGUUCGACCGGUGAAUCGCGAUUUUGCAAAAAGUGCCAGUGCCCGAAGCCAGACCGCGCACAUCACUGUUCGACCUGCAAGCGCUGCGUCUUGAAGAUGGACCACCACUGCCCGUGGCUGGCGACUUGUGUCGGGCUAUACAACUACAAAGCAUUCUUGCUAUUUUUGAUAUAUACAUCGCUUUUUUGCUGGGUGUGCUUCACAGUUUCUGCAAUCUGGACAUGGGCUGAGAUCUUGAAUGACACGCGGUACACGGAUACAUUCCUCCCCGUUAACGUGGUUCUCCUAGCAAUUUUGAGUGGUGUAAUUGGGCUCGUUUUGACUGGGUUCACAGCGUGGCAUAUCAGUCUAGCGGUGCGUGGUACAACGACUAUCGAAGGUCUGGAGAAAACGCGGUACGUGUCACCACUACGCAAGGCACUAGAUCGCCAACGAGUCGAGAACCGAACACCCGAUGGUGAUGGGACCGAAGUAGGCCAGGGAAGCUUUAGCCACCGACUUCAGGACUACGGAAACCAGAUUAUUGACGCGCAUGCAAAUGCUAUUCCGGGCGUGACGCGCGCCGAAGAAGGCGAGGAGCAUCUUUCUCCUGCACCGUACGCUCCAAGAGAAGGACUAAACGCAGGCCCCCAUCAACAGAGCCACCUCUCACCCGCCCAGCAGGCAUUGUCCCGCUCCUAUGCCGAGUUGGAACGCCAACGCGAACACCGGCAAUACCAAGAUUACAUCAACGAGGAAGACAAUGAGAAGAUGCCGCAUGCAUUUGACCUUGGCUGGCGCCGCAACCUGCUCCACCUCUUCGGUGACCGCCCCAUCUUCUGGGCAAUUCCUCUCUGCACGACAACCGGCGAUGGUUGGCGCUGGGAACCGAGUACUAAAUUUCUCGAGGCUCGCGAGCGCCUUCGGCUCCGCCGCGAACAGGAAUCUGGUGACGAGCAGCAGUACUACCGGGAUUUAUACCAGCGCAACAUUGAUAACAGCCGCAGCUGGAUCGGCAGUGCUGGCAGUGCCCCUAAUACCCAUAACCAGGCUAGCUGGACUUCUCAUCGUUCCCGUCAAGAAACGCUCGAGCGUCCGGCGACGAGUGUUUCAAUGCAGACACUUGCGCCAGCAUCGCCGCGACCUAGGCCUGGAGAUAGUGAUUUCGAGGAUGAGCCGGAUGAUAGUGGUUUGUUAGGUCCAGAGACUGCCAGUCGGCCCACUAAUUGGCGUCAGACGGAUGAAUGGCGCGAUUGGGAAUGA